AUGGGAGUGAAGCAACACACCUUUGAGGAGAUCAGGAGAAGUACGGCGCGCCGAGUGGCCGGCGGCGACGGCGACGACAGCUCCGGACGGCGAGCCCGGGGCGGCGGUGGAGGCCGCAGGGGCGUUGGCAAACGAGCCCUCAGAGAAGGACGCAGUCUCGCAGCUGGGCAUCGUGAAGUUGGGAGUAGCCAUGCUGCUGGCACCGAUGACACGGCCCUCCAGGGCGGACUCAGGCGCGGGAGUGUACGUAGGGCCGGCGACGGGGCCCGAGACUCCAGGCCCGGCGGUGCCGUGGAGCUCCUGGAGGAGCUUCUCGCGCUCUUCCUCCACGGCGCGAAGCUUCUUCAUGCCUUCGACGACGCGCUCGCGGUGGGCGAGGUCGAAGUAGUGGGUGUGCUCGAGCCAGAGCUUGAGGUCGGUGUCGCCCUCGAGAAGCUCGAGCAGUACGGCGUCCAUUUCGAGGCGGCUCAUGCCGGACACGCCGCUGCCGCCAUCACCGUGGCCCGGGUUUUCGACGUCGGCAGGCAUCCCCAUCUCUCCGCGAAGGACAGACAUCAUGAGCUUGCCCUUGUCGGAGGUAUUGGUGUCGCUGUUAUUGUUCAUGGCUUUGGUCUUGUAUCCUUGGGCUGCUGGGCCACGCCGAUCAGCAGCUUUUUUCUCCGUCUGAGAUGCGUGAUGACGAUUCUGCGUGCAAACGAAAACGCGUCUUCUGACAAAACUCGAGAUGCCUGCACACCUAGUCGCAAGUUUGGAGAGGGUUUGGUUUGA